UUCCCUAGACAUACCAGGGUUGUAUCCAUUUCCCUAGAUGAAAUAAACAUCUCCUGUUGACUGGUCAAACCUGCAAUGAGCCAUAUAUCUGCUUAAAUACCAUAUUUUGAACAUUUUCAAAUCAAUUUGUUCUACGUGAAAUGUUGCAGAUAAGGAACAGUGAGCAGUAUGUUCCUUGUCUGACAUGAGUAGAGAUUUCUAUUUAUGGUAAACAUUUUUGAAAAACAAAAUCAGAAUUAAUAUAUGUUGAGCAGAUGACAAUGCUUUUUAAUUAGUGGGGAAAUUUUUAGUUGAACUAGUAAUGACUCGUAACGUCUACUUGGCUGCAGCGUUUUGUUUAAUCCAUGUAAAGUUCAUAUAUAGUGGUGGUAUUGAUAACACAUCGAAAGCAGAAAUCGAAUGCCCACCAGGAUACACGAACAACUGUACUUUCCCGUGUCGAUAUCCAAGCUUUGGUCCAGCUUGCCAAGAUAAAUGCAAUUGUAAGGAGUCAGAUUGUAACAGCAAAACAGGGUGUAAAGUCUGUCCAAUUGGUUAUUUUGGUGAGAAAUGUGAAGUCCCGUGUCGUUUUCCAAAAUAUGGUAAUGGCUGUCAGCUGAAGUGCAGCUGCGCUGAAAACCUUUGUAGUCAAAUACAUAAUUUUUUAUUUAAACUAGCAAUGAUUUCUACUACAUAUGCAAUGUUAGCAUUUUGCUUUUUGUAUGUAAAAUUGAUUCACUCUGGCGAUAUUGAUUUUACAAAGGAAACAGAAACAACUGAAUGUCUACCAGGAUACACUGGAGAGAACUGUGGCAUCCCGUGUCGAUAUCCCAGCUUCGGUCAAGCUUGUCAGGAGAUGUGUAUUUGUAAAGAAAAAGAAUGCGACAGCGUCACAGGAUGUAGAGUCUGUCCGAUUGGUUAUACUGGUGAUAGAUGUGAAAUCCCGUGUCCAUUUCCAAAUUAUGGUGAUCGUUGUCAGAUGGCGUGCAGUUGUGCUGAGGAAUUUUGUAAUUUUACUUACGGAUGUUCACCUGGUAGCACAAAUGGCAAGUUAUUCACAUUUGUUAUUUGA